AUGGUUGUGGCCACAAGCUUUGGAACUGCAUGUAUUCUAAGAAGAGCAACUCAGGCUUUUGCAAUAUCUCAUUUUCAGAUCCUUCACAACAAUGCCACCUUCUCUUUCCAAAGGCAACUUUCCUCUCAUUUUCUUUCUGUUUCUACUUCUUCAGCUUUAGCUGUGAUGUUUUUGGCAAUCUGGGGGUAUAUGUACCACCACGGAGAUCUACUUCAAUGGACUUUUUUGGAUGAAUAUUGGAAAGUAGUGCUUGAUGACCGGUGGUACAAGCAACUGAGCAAUAGGCUUGUCCUAGGAGAUGAGGAAACACAGUACAACGUAGGUUGGUUUGGUGAAGACUGCAGAGUGCCAACAUGUUGUGUUGGGCCUAUGGCAGUGUUUCCAUGUGCAGCUUCAGGUGUAAGCCAGGCAGUACAGGCUUUAAAGGGAGAAAUUGACGAGUUACUCAAGGGAGUAGGAGAAAGAAGUGUAACAAAAGAAGUAAAACAUAUUCUUGAGAUGGUACUUUCUGGUUAUUCCCUGGCUAGACGAGCAUCAUUAAAGCGAGAGACUCUCCAUACAGAUUUUCUAACCCCUCCAGUGCUAAAGGAGUCUAUGCAAGUUUUGGAAAAAAUAGCAGAUGUGAAAGCAAUUGCACAAGGAGGUUACCCUCAGGCUGAACGAUGUCGGAUUUCUGUUGGACAUCCAGAAGAACUGACAAGUGAUCCAGAUAUUAUUUCAGCAUUAAGCAUUAAAGGGAACUUCCAGUUUGAACCUUGCUCACAUGGUGACUUCCUUGGCUCAAUUCUUGGUACAGGAAUUGUCAGGGAGAAACUUGGGGAUAUUAUAUUGCAGAUCAAUAGAGUGCAUAUUCUCACAAUGGAUCCAAAGUGA